AUGGAGGCGUCCCGUGGCCCUCCCCGGGUCAAAAACAAAGCCGCGGCGCCGGUCCAGAUAUCCGCCGAGCAGCUUCUGCGAGAGGCUGUCGACCGACAAGAGCCCGGCCUGCAAGCCCCGACCCAGAAAUUUGCCGAUCUCGAAGAGUUACACGAAUAUCAAGGCCGGAAGCGCAAGGAAUUCGAAGACUAUGUGCGGCGAAACCGCAUUAACAUGAACAACUGGAUGCGCUAUGCUGCCUGGGAGCUAGAGCAGAAGGAAUUCCGCCGCGCGCGGUCUAUCUUUGAACGUGCGCUGGACGUGGACGCGACCUCCGUCGUCCUGUGGAUUCGCUACAUCGAAUCUGAAAUGAAAGAAAAGAAUAUCAACCAUGCCCGGAACCUUCUUGAUCGCGCCGUUACGAUUCUGCCCCGUGUGGAUAAGCUCUGGUUCAAGUAUGUCUACAUGGAGGAGACAAUUGGUAAUCUGCCCGGUACUCGUCAGGUCUUCGAACGGUGGAUGUCAUGGGAGCCAGAGGAGAGCGCGUGGUUUGCAUACAUCAAACUGGAGCAGCGCUACGGUGAAUUCGACCGCGCGCGCAAUAUCUACCAACGGUUCACAGUUGUGCAUCCUGAUCCGAAGAAUUGGAUUAGAUGGGCCCGUUUUGAAGAAGAGAAUGGUACGAGUGAUCUGGUUCGCGAGGUGUUUGACGCUGCGGUCGACACACUAGGAAUGGACUUCGCGGAUGAGAAGAUCUUUAUCGCCUACGCCAAGUUUGAAACCAAGCUGCAAGAGUUUGAGCGUGCGCGUGCAAUCUACAAGAUCUCCCUCGACAAUCUACCGCGAUCCAAGGCGAUGAAACUCCACCAGUCUUACACGGCCUUUGAGAAGCAAUUCGGUGAUCAGGAUGGUGUUGAGGACGUGGUCCUGUCUAAGCGCCGGGUGCAUUAUGAAGAGCAAUUGAAGGAAAACCAGCGCAAUUACGACAUCUGGUUUGAUUAUGUUCGACUGGAGGAAGCCACGGGCGACGUGGAGCGAACCCGCGAUGUUUACGAGCGGGCCAUUGCACAGGUUCCCCCUUCACAGGAGAAGCGACACUGGCGGCGGUACAUCUACCUCUGGAUUUUCUACGCCGCGUAUGAAGAAAUGGAGGCGAAGGAUACGAACCGGACUCGGCAGGUCUACCAAGAGUUAAUCAAGCUCAUUCCGCACAAGAAGUUCACUUUUGCCAAGGUGUGGCUCCUGAAGGCGCAGUUUGAGAUCCGCAUGAUGGACUUGGACGCUGCCCGCAAAACCUUGGGCACGGCCAUCGGCAUGUGCCCCAAGGACAAGCUUUUCCGUGGAUAUAUUGAUCUCGAGCGCAAGCUGUUCGAAUUCGUGCGGUGCCGGAAACUGUACGAGAAGUGGAUCGAAUGGAACCCGGAGAACUGCCACUCCUUCAUUGGCUAUGCCGAGCUGGAACGCGGACUGGACGAUCAGGAUCGUGCGCGCGGAAUUUACGAGAUUGCAGUCACUCAGCCCACUUUGGACAUGCCCGAGCUGGUAUGGCGGUCCUACAUCGAGUUUGAAGAAGAGGAAGGCGAGUACGAGCGAGUGCGCGCGCUGUACGAGCGUCUGCUCCAGAAGACCUCCCACGUCAAGGUCUGGACUGCCUACGCCAAAUUCGAGAUCAGCGUCGGCCAGGACGACGACGAAGAAGAUGAGGAGACCGAAGAGCAGAAGCCGGCCACCGAAGAUGCCAAGAACCGGACUCGGGCGAUCUUCGAGCGGGCACACAAGGAUUUCAAGGACAAGGGGCUCAAGGAAGAGGUAAGUAUUUGCAAGGCCCUGGAAAGGUUCAAUGGGAAGCAGGAACUAAUUCAUGGUCAGCGUGUUGAACUGCUUAACGCAUGGCGAUCAUUCGAGCACGCCCACGGCUCGCCGGACGACAUCGACAAAAUCGAGAAGCAGAUGCCGCGCCGGGUCAAGAAGCGCCGCAAGCUGGAGGACGACCGAUACGAGGAGUACAUGGACUACAUGUUCCCGGCCGACGACAAAUCGGCGGCCAAUCUCUCGAAGCUGCUGGAGAAGGCGCACGCCUGGAAGAAGGGCGGCGCGUAA